CUGGAAAUCUGCGUUACCAAGAUCCUAGACGGCAUUGGUCACCAACUGGAUAACCUGUUGUCAGUACCCAGUGACAAUGUUUUUUUUUCAUCUGAAUGGUCGCCAGCUCUGAGUGGAGCAUGAACACAUAUCCCUUUGCCUUAUAUUUGAGAUAACGCAGUCUGGUUCUAAAUUCAUCUGGGAUCAAGACCAAUCAACUUGUUUUAGAUCCGCUGUCAUGCAGGGACGCAUCAGGACCAAACUGGAGGCCAGGACUUUCCUCGGAGCCCCUUUAUCAGAAUCCCCAUGACUCAUGCAGAAACAUAGGUGUUAGUAGUGAACUACAUGUACUUGCGUAUUCUAGCUCAUUGAGAUAUGACGCACAAGGCCAUCGCGAUGAGCGCAUGAUUGCAACCACGCCACGUCAUCAUCGUCGUGGCCGGCGGUCGCCCGCCGCUCCUCAUCCCCGGCCAUGACCCGGUUGAUGUUGGGCCGAACUCUUGAGCGCAUCUGCAAGGGUGUCCUUUUGCUCUGCCUGCUCCACUUCAUCAUCAUGAUGAUCCUCUACUUCGACGUCUACUCUCAGCGCUUCGACCUCUUCAGCCGCUUUAACAACGGACGCAACGGCUCCCGGAAUAAUGCCAGUGGACCUCAUUUUUACUUAUACAACAUUUCCAGGCCGAAUGCCACUGUUGCUAGCUACAUAGCUACGGGUGAGCAAGUGGGGCCCACCGUGCAGCCUCACGCUAACCGGACACCUUCGCCCAAGCCCCUGCCGCCGUGUCCUGAGAACCCCCCCGGCCUGGUGGGCCGCCUGUUGAUCGAGUUCAGCUCCCAGAUGACAAUGGAGCGGGUGCAACGAGAGAACCCAAACGUGACGGAGGGAGGCCGCUACACACCGCCUGACUGUCGGUCUCGGUGGAAGGUUGCCAUCAUCAUCCCAUUCCGUCAUCGGGAGAACCACCUGAAGUACUGGCUGCACUACCUCCACCCCAUCCUGAGACGUCAGAGGAUCGAUUACGGCAUCUACAUCAUCAAUCAGUUGGGUGAAGACACAUUCAACCGCGCCAAACUGCUAAACAUUGGCUACGCGGAGGCGCUGAAGGACGGCGACUACAACUGCUUCAUCUUCAGCGACGUGGACCUGAUCCCCAUGGACGACCGAAACCUAUACCACUGUUACGAGCAGCCCCGACACUUUGCCAUCGCUAUGGACAAGUUUGGCUUCAGGUUGCCCUACGCCGGCUACUUUGGGGGCGUAUCAGGCCUUAGUAAAAAACAGUUCCUGAAAAUCAAUGGCUUUCCCAACGAUUACUGGGGCUGGGGAGGGGAGGAUGACGACAUCUACAAUAGGAUAACUCUAAAUGGGAUGAAGGUGUCCAGGCCGGACGUGCGCAUCGGCCGCUACAGAAUGAUUAAACAUGAGAGAGACAAACACAAUGAGCCAAACCCUCAAAGGUUCAAUAAAAUCCAGAACACCAAGAACACCAUGAAGAAGGACGGCAUCAGCUCACUCACCUACAGAGUAGUGCAGAUCAAAAGGUACCAGUUAUACACCAACAUAUCCGUAGAGAUCGGAAAACCACCACCUCGGCCUUUCAAGGGAUAGCCAGAAGGUCGGUUGCAGUUAGCCAAAGGAUGUCACAAGCGCAUCAUGGCCAAGACUUUUUUUUUUAAUACUUUCACUUUCUCUACUAAGCCUCUAGACAACUUUGGAGUGUGGGACCAAAGUUGCACAAAUUGCAAAAAGCAAGCGUUUCUGGGACCUCUGGGCUAAAUGACUCAGAAUGCUUAAAAACAUUCAAGCAGUUUUGAGAUAUGAACGUCAAAUGAAGCUAUCAUAUGGAUUUAUGAGGUCACCUCUGGAACGGGGAGUGAAACGCCAAGAAACAUCACGGACGCCGCUUCCCGCCUGUUUACCAAGCUCAAAACAGGCGUGCGUGUCACGCUACUGUUUAGCUGGCGCACUUAUGUACAUUAUCGAAAAUACUCCCAAAUCGAAGCCUCUGGCAUUAAUGAAUGAAUGUAUCGUGCCUGCGUCUCCUACACCGGGAUGACGAUGGGACAUUAUUGUUUUGUUUUUUUUUGGAGCAACUUGUACACCAGGAAUAUAUAUGUUGAGACUGCGGAGAGGUGGAAAGGGGUUUGAAAAUGGCAUCACUCUAGAUUGAGACGGUUUUCCUUUUAUUAGAAAAGGCAAAUGAGUUUGUGAUGUUCUAAUGGUUCCAUUUGACAUGAUGUGAAGCAUGACAGGGUCGUAAUCCUUUCCCAUGUUCCUCUAAAAUUUGAUCUUCAACGGCCACGGUUGUCAAAUGAACACGGAAUUAAGUCAUUUCAUUUUACAUUGCAGUCUUCUGGCUGUGACUUAUUGGCUUCAUGAGUUUUAAAUUCUUUCGUUUCUCGCUGACCUACUGGCUUCAUUGGUUUUAAUUCAUUCUACAUUUUUUGAUGCCAUAUUCUUUCUCUCAAUGGUUGGCCUUGACUUUUAUUCAUUGACUUCCUCUGUUUUAUUGGUUUGUAGAAAAUCUCAGUUCAGAGCAGGGGUGUCAAACGUACGGCCCGCGCACAUUGUAGCGCAUUCAUACUGUACAUUAUUAGGGCUGCAGCUAUUGAUUAUUUUAGUAGUCGAUUAAUCGAUGAACUAGCUAGUUCGAAUAAUCGAGUAAUCGGAUGAGGAACACGAAAAAUUAAAAUAACGUUAUAAAAAGAUAAAUAAAUAAGGAUCUAUGUACAACAAAAGAAUGAUUGGCUAACUUACAUAGCAAAAGUCCGCUAACUUAAAUGCUAUGAAACGCUAACGGCUUUUUUUUUUCUUUUUUUUUCCGGACACAUAAAAUGGCUAAAUAUACCUAUAAACCAAAUUAGGAAUGCAUUCAAAAAAACAUUAGCGCAAAGAAAAACUUGGCUUAUGUUGGUCUUAACUUGGAGCAGCUGGAUUCAGCCAUGUGAAAUGAAUCAGACUAUGGGGCAGUGUAUCCACCCAAAUCCAUAAAACUAAGCGCAAACAUAUAUUAGCUGAAACAACUUACAGCCUUAUGUGGGCCAAACCAGGGCGGAGCUAUCCUUUAUCCAUGUCAGACGUCUGAGUCUGCUCGUCAGUCAUACAAGGCGGCAGUCCAGCCAGACCCAACACUUCCACCAGAGGGCAGUGUAUCAACCAUCAUUAAACAUAUUACAAUAGCUUUGGACUUUUUAGAUAGUUUUUUUAGGGUACUUAAAAGGUUAAUUCCGACUUAUGCGGAAAUUCGGGUUACUUCACCAGCAUAGGAACGGAAGUCAUUUGUAACCCGGGGACUACAUGUACAGUGCCUUGCAAAAGUAUUCGGCCUACUUGAAUCUUGCAACCU